CAUUCAAAAACAAAAACAUUGCCCAAACACCCGAAAAUCCUGCGCGCUGAUUCUAGCUCAUUCUGCAUGUCAUGCCAUCCUUGUUUGCUGAUGAUAACGUCCAACAUCGGGUAACCCAUCGAGGUCAGCCAAUCAGCAUGAAGAGUGAUAAGUGGUGAGCCUCCUUCUGAGCUUUUUUUUUUGCUCUCGCUGCACCAAAGAACAAGAACAACCAAUCGAAGACACUCAAUCCAAGAAUGGUAUAUAAGAACCGGUCGGGGCUAGGUCCCGGCAUCAGUCAUCAUUCAAGCGAGUGAAAUGAAACAGAGUGUCGAUUUCGAGGAGAGCUGUGUUCUGAAAAUCAAAAGUGACAAUUAUUAUAAACGUGAAAUCAGCUAGUUGCAGUUCGUGCUGAGCACAAAACCAUUUAAGUUUAUAAUAAAAAAUUCAAAAAACGCAAAAAAAAAAAUCAAAAAUUAUCAUAAAACAAACCAAAAAUAUUGCAAAAUAAGUUGUAAAAAUGCCUCAAGUCAUUGAACAAUUCACCAAGCUGCCAACUGCUUUUGGCUGCUCUCCGAAACUUCGUUCCCUAGCGGACAAUCAAAUCCGUGGCAUCACCAUCGUCAACGGACAUGUGAGCCAACUGUCGGCCAAGAUUCGUUCCUACGUUGAGGAGUCUGUUGCCAUGUGCCUGCCGGAUCGCAUCCAUAUCGUCGACGGAAGCGAGCAGGAAUGUGCAACCUUGAUCAACACUCUUCACGCUCUCGGUACCGUUCAGCCGUUGCCCAAGUAUGAGAAUUGCUGGCUGGCGCGCACAAAUCCGGCGGACGUGGCCCGUGUCGAGUCCAAGACCUUCAUCUGUACCCAGCGGCGUGAACAAGCCAUCCCAACUCCCAAGGAUGGCAUCAAGGGAACCCUCGGCAACUGGAUCUCGCCUGACGACUACGAGAAGGCCAUCCGUUCCCGUUUCCCCGGAUGCAUGAAGGGACGCACCAUGUACGUGGUUCCAUUCUCCAUGGGACCGAUUGCUUCGCCGUUGUCCAAGUUUGGCAUCGAACUCACCGAUUCCGCUUACGUUGUCUGCUCGAUGCGCAUCAUGACCCGCAUGGGCCUUGAAGUUCUCGAGAAGCUCGCUGAUAACUCCGACUUUAUCAAGUGUCUACAUUCGGUGGGUACUCCGGCCAGUGGAAAGAUCACCAUGCCGUCAUGGCCUUGCGACCCGGAUCGUACCAUCAUCCUGCACAAACCGGCCAACAACGAGAUCGUUUCCUACGGAUCCGGCUACGGUGGUAACUCUCUGCUCGGCAAGAAAUGCUUCGCUCUCCGUAUCGGUAGCACUAUCGCUCAACGUGAAGGAUGGCUUGCCGAACACAUGUUGAUCCUGGGCAUCACCGACCCGAACGGCGUGAAGAAGUACAUUGCCGCCGCUUUUCCGUCUGCCUGUGGCAAGACCAACCUCGCCAUGAUGACUCCAACUCUGCCUGGAUAUACCAUGGAAUGCGUUGGUGACGACAUCGCCUGGAUGAAGUUUGACUCGAAAGGUCAGCUACGAGCCAUCAAUCCGGAAAACGGAUUCUUCGGAGUCGCCCCGGGAACCUCGUCGGAAACCAACCCGAACGCCAUGGAGACAGUCUACAAGAACACCAUCUUUACCAAUGUCGCUGCCACAUCUGACGGCGGAGUAUUCUGGGAAGGAAUGGAGAAGGAAAUUGAUCCCGAGGUCGAGAUCACCGACUGGAUGGGCCAGCCUUGGAAGAUGGGCGUUUCGAAGACCCCAGCUGCCCACCCCAACUCCCGCUUCUGCGCUCCGGCCAGUCAGUGCCCGAUCAUCGACCCUGCCUGGGAAGACAAUGCAGGCGUUCCCAUCUCGGCCAUUCUUUUCGGAGGACGUCGUCCCGAAGGUGUCCCACUCGUCUACGAAGCCAACUCAUGGUCCCACGGAGUAUUCAUUGGAUCUGCCAUGCGCAGUGAAACCACCGCAGCCGCCGAACACAAAGGCAAGAUGAUCAUGAACGAUCCAUUCGCGAUGCGACCAUUCUUCGGCUACAACUUCGGCGACUACCUUAAACACUGGAUCAGCAUGGAAGCGCGAGCUGCCGCCGUUGGUGGCCAAAUGCCCAAGAUUUUUCACGUCAACUGGUUCCGCAAGGACGCCAACGGUAAGUUCCUGUGGCCCGGCUUUGGCGAAAACUGCCGCGUGCUGGAGUGGGUUCUGCAGCGAGUGGACGAACACGAAUGCUACGAGGAAACUGCCAUCGGUCGCAUCCCCGCCAAGGGAGCCCUGAACUUCGAUAACCUGACCUGCCCGAUCAACGAGAAGGAACUGUUCUCGAUACCGAAGGACUUCUGGCUGAAGGAAGUGGAGGAGAUCAAGCAGUACUACGACAACCAGUUGCCGCACGAUUUACCGCAGGAGAUCGCGCAGGAGCUGGUUGAACUCAAGAGUCGCGUUGUGCAGAUGUGAAUUGUUCAAUGAUGGGAUGGGGGCACUAGGUUAUAUGUUAGGUUUAGGUAGUAGUACAAAUCUA